UUUCUAAGUGAGUUGCCAAAAGAAAGCAAGGCAUAGCCUACAUUUGUGAUCUUUGGCUUGUUGUUGAUUUCAGAGUUCAUCAAGAAACUAAACCUAUUUCACCAUCAUCUUUUUGGUUGCAGAAACAUGUUAUUGUCCAACGGGAACCUCACUCACCAGCACUACAUAGUCUCUUAAAUGAAAUAGUAUUUUUUUUUUGUAUAGUCCCUUUUCUGUCCUCAUUAUGUAUCAAAUAGUACAGGGAACUGUGGGGGAUCUGUACCCUGGUCCCUUCACUAAGCCCCCAAAGCAGAAGAAAUGGGGUCGACAAGGCCGUCCAAUGUUAUUUGCAAUUAUCCUGGGAGUGGUUUUAGUGAUGUCAGCCAUAGUAGCAUGGUGCUACUACAGUGCUUCUCUGCGCAGAGCAGAAAUCCUCAAAGCUGAAUUACUGGACCUGAAGAAGGAUGGGUUCAUUAUCCGCAAUCAAGAGGGUGACAUCAUCUUCAGAAUGCUUUUCAGGUCGGGAUCUCUUGAUCUGGACUCGUGUUCUAAGGAGGGCGGAAUACUUCGCUGCGAUCAGUCAGACACAGGGAAACUGAACUUCUUUGUCCAGACCGUCAGGCCAAAGGACACGGUGAUGUGCUACCGGGUGCGCUGGGAGGAGCUGGAGGAGGGCCGCUCCGUGGAGCACGCCAUGUCCUACAACGGCUCCCACUGGUAUGGAGGUGCGGAGCGAGCCGUCCAGCAUUGGCCCAUGUCCGUGGAAGGCCAGGAAGCCCCCAAGCCUUUCAUCACCGGAGACGUGUACUCCAACCGCCAGGACUUUGGUAGCAUUCUGGAGCGCUACUGGCUCUCAGCCAACGCCACAGCCAUAAAGAUUAAUGACUCUGUGCCUUUUCACCUUGGCUGGGAUGACGAGGAGAAGAUUCUUCGCUUCCAGGCUCGGUAUAAUGACAGCCCUUACAAAGCACUACCCAGAAAGGUGGCACACGCCGAACUGAGCUAUCGUGUGUGUGUCGGCCGCGAUGUCACCUCCAUACACAAGUACAUGGUCCGGCGGUACUUUAACAAACCCAACAAGGUUCCGUCCGAGGCGGUGUUCCGCCAGCCAAUUUGGUCCACGUGGGCCUUGAACAAGAGCGCAGUGGACCAGGAGAAGAUCCUUAAGUACGCGUCAGACAUCCAGAAGCACGGCUUCAACUGCAGCCAACUGGAACUCGACGACCGCUACACCAGCAGUUACGGCGAGUUCGAGUUUGACCCGGAGAAGUUUCCCAACGUCUCAACCAUGUUUCAGAGUCUGAAGGACGAUGGUUUCCAUGUCUCUCUGUGGACCCAUCCCUUCAUUAACUACGAAUCCACCAACUUUGACGUCGGAGUGAAGAGGGAGCUGUUUGUCCGAGAGCCCAGCGGACAGCUCCCUGCCUUAGUCCGCUGGUGGAACGGUAUCGGGGGCAUCCUGGACUUCACCAACCCAGAGGCCCGUGAAUGGUUUGCUUCCCAUCUCCGAGCCCUUAAAACCAAGUAUGGGGUUGCCUCAUUCAAAUUCGAUGCCGGGGAAACCAACUACCUGCCAAAGCAGUUUAGCACCUACGCACCCUUGCAUGACCCCAGCACCUUUACCCGCCGCUACACAGAAAUGGCCAUUCCAUACAACGACCGCGCCGAACUUCGGUCUGGGUACCAGUCCCAGAACAUCUCCUGUUUCUUCAGGCUUAUUGAUCGGGACUCUGUGUGGGGUUACGACCUGGGUCUCAAAUCCAUCAUUCCUACCGUCUUGACCAUUAGCAUCCUAGGCUAUCAGUUCAUUUUGCCAGACAUGAUUGGUGGUAAUCCGAACGGGACUCUAGGGUCCACGGGCCUGCCUGACCGUGAGCUCUACAUCCGCUGGCUGGAGCUGUCAGCCUUCAUGCCGUCCAUGCAGUUCUCCAUCCCGCCUUGGGCGUACGACGACGAGGUGGUGGAGAUUGCGCGGAAGUUCACCGCACUCCACGAGACCCUGGUGGCCCCACGAGUGCUGGAGCUGGCCGGGGAGGUGCUGCACACCGGAGACCCCAUCAUCCGCCCUCUCUGGUGGAUCGCCUCAGAGGACGAGGCAGCGUACAAGAUAGACUCUCAGUUCCUCAUUGGGGACGACUUCAUGGUGGCACCUGUGCUGGAGCCGGGUAAACAGGAGAGGGAUAUCUACCUUCCUGCUGGCAAAUGGAGAAGCUACAAGGGGGAGCACUAUGACAACAUGAAGGGUCCCAUGCAUCUUACUGACUACCCUGUAGAUCUAGAUGAAAUAGCAUAUUUUGAGUGGGCAGGCUAAACAGUGCAUUAACUACUGUUUAAUGAUUUUCUUGUUGUUUUUGCUAUUCCAUCGUCACCAGUUGAUAAACCAGACCUUUAUUUGUGACGACACUCCUGUCAAACUAUGAGGUGUUUUCUCUUUGAAACUUGAAAAGAUAAAUGAAGUACACAAGAAAUGGCCAAGAAGAUGCUGUCAGCACAUUGUGUACUUCUGCUGUGUUCCCUAAAUUCCACAGUAAGUAUAAUACUGAAACAAUUUGUCAGAAAACUUCAUUUCUGAAGUUACUGUGCCAGUAUCCCUAAUCCAGUAUAGAGCAAGUAGUUUUUUUAUUUUGAUUAAUGGAUAUAAUUUUCUACUGAUGUUUGUAAAUACCUCAUCUGUGUCUUAAUUUAGCUUUACCUUGUCUCAUGACUCAUUUGUGGACAAUUUUCCUUUUUACCAUUUAAUUUAUUUUUUAAAAGAGGAAAAACUGAUUAAUCUUUAAAUGUGCCAGUUAUACCUUCAUUGCUGCCAAAGUAAUGUCUCGCAUAGUUCUAUAUCGGUGUAAAUGUCACAUUUAUGUUGAAUUGGAGCACUCCUAAGCCUUUGUACAUGUUCUAUGAGCCAUUGUUCAAAGUGACCUUUAUUUAUGCAUGGGAUGAAAGGGAAUUGCAUGACUUCAUACAUUUUUCUUUUUUUGAUAAAGGACCUGCAGUGUUAUACUCCAGACACUCCUAAGACCUGUGAGGUAUUCUAAAUUACUGGUAUUAUGUUCUGUUCAUUCUGCAUAUGUUAUUUUACAGUCAUUCCAGUCUAAAGCAAUAACUAUUUUUUAAACUCAUGAUCAAAUAGUGUUGACUGUAUAUUUUGGAUAAGACUGCCAUUACACUAUGCAUACAUGAAGAGUUAUGCACCUUACAGGGACUUAGUUCAAUUAAGAGUUAUACAUACAGUCUUUCCAAACAAAAGUAAAUAAGAGAAUACUAUUUAAUUGUGAUAUUAGUGUUAUGGGACCACACUGGAAAGUAGUUCUCUCAAUCUUCUACUGCCUUUGUGAAAUACUGUAAUCUGAAUAAUAAGUGAGAAUGUCAACUGCACUGGGAUGUACAGCAACUGUUAUUGAGUUUUAAAUGUUGCAAAUGUUGCACCUUAGCAAACCCAACAUCCCAACCCAACCCAGCAAGACAACAUCUUAGGUGUGCCUGUAUACCAGUCACACAUGCAAAUGAGAGUAAAGUAAUGUGAAAGAAUGAACUCAUCUCUGCAUACAACUGAUUCAGGGCCAUUCUUGUCAUUAUGGUGAUCAUUUGCUGGAACUAAAUGGUUGGAGAAAGAAGGGAUUUUGUUGUAAUAAUGUUUUUUAAUCCAGUCAAUAAAUUAUCCUUUGUUAUAACUCCAA